CACCCUAGACGCCGCCAUUACGAGGUGUGGCAGGGCGGGAGGGAGGCACCGAGGCAGCAGGAGACACCCAAACCUCCCUUAAUAUCACCAUCUUCGGGAGUUUUCUUAUAUUUCCACCCAAAGGAAGCCCCAGCAGAUGAGAGGCAGCCAUGGGGGGCGUGAAGAGGCUGGCGCUGUGGUACCUGGCCGCCGCCGUGGGAGUGAUCGUGGCGCAGUUCGAAUACCACCAGACGGACGAUUUUGACCAGAUAGAGCACAUGUUUAGGGUGGUCACGCCGGAGAACUGCCACAUCAAGCCGCUGAAAGACCUGUACAUGCCCACGGACAGUGUGUCUCACCUGCCGGACAUCCAGCAAAUCAACAUCAACCCAAUCUUCCCUAACCGCACUGCCCUCUACCACCUCCACAACAUGGCCCACUCUCGCGGCUUCUUCUUCUCCUACAUUCUGCAGUCACGCUUCAAGAGGCCUGCUGUGAAUGCAUCAGACAGCGCCUCAGAGUACGAUCCAGGCUUCAUGUACUUCUUCCUCUCAACGGUGGCAGACGUCGCGGCCAAUCCCAAGAUCAAUGCCAGCGCUCUCUACUUCCAGCCUAACAUGGCCUACUCCUCAUCAUACAAAGGAUUCUUCAACAAGACACUUCCACUCUUUGCCCCAAGAACCUUCAGGAUGGAUGACUACAAUGACCCAGUGCACCUGGAGAGGAUCUCGACACUCAACUUCUUCCAGGUGGAGGACCUUGGAGCUAUCCUGCCCCAGGGCCAGCGCUCCCGCAACUACACACUAGAGGACUACCGCAUCAACGAAUGGUACUACUCGUGGCUGCCCUACACCAACCAGCAGCAGGACGAACUCACCACGUACCAGGUGAAGAUCCGGUACGCCAACAACACGAACGAAACCUUUGUGUUCCACGGCCCAAAUGCUGCUGAUGAGAAGCCUGGGCCAGUCAAACUGACCCGGCCCUACUUUGACUGCGACCGCUCCAACAAGUGGUCUGUGCCUGCCAUCACACCAGUGGCUGAUCUAUACCCACGCCACACACAGUUCCGUCACAUUGAGUACCCGACCCGCACUGCCAUAGCUGUCAUGGAGAUGGACUUUGAGCGUAUAGACAUAAACCAGUGUCCAAAGGGUAAAGGAAACGAAGGCCCUAACAGAUUUACCGACACUGCGCGAUGCAAAAAGGACACCACUGAGUGUGAGCCCCUGGAUGGGUAUGGGUUCCGGCGAGGAGGGUACCAGUGCAGGUGCAAGCCAGGGUACCGUCUGCCCAAUGUGGUGCGGCGGCCCUACCUCGGGGAGAUGAUAGAGCGUGCCACCCUCUUCCAGUACCGUAACUCAUUCAGCUGCACCCCCAUUGGAUGGAUCCAGAAGCUGCCAUUUGACUACAACAAGAUGACCCCUUGGGAGCGACAUAAGUACCUCUCAAAGGACUACAACAAUGUGACAGGGGCAGAGGCUCUGCGCACCAACAAAAUCAAUGUGGACGAGGUCAUUGAGUUUCUCAAGUCAGUCACCAAGGAUAACUGCCACACUUUUGCCCCUGAUGACCUCAUCUUACGGGGAGAUAUCAGCUUUGGUGUAGAGAGCCAGUUUGAGAAUGAAGCCAGAAUGGCUCUGCGUCUGGCCAACUUCCUGAGUUCCUUCCUCCAGAUUGUAGACCACCAGGAAAUAUUCUCCGGUGUGAGAGUUGUGGACCGCCCACUCACUGAGGAUCAGAUGAUGGGAGAAGUUCUCUCCAUCAUCCUUGGCAACAGCAGGAUCUGGUCCUCAGGGAUGUACUGGGACCGCGGGAAGUUCACCAACGCCACGCUGUUUGCGCCCGUUGCCUACAAGACCAUCCUCAACACCCGCAAGUUCUUCAUGGAGGACUUGGCGCGCCUCAACUCUACUCGUGACUCUUACAUCAACAAGCCAUGGUUCAGAAAGCUGAAGACACGCUGGUCCACCAAUUUUGAUGACUUGGAGAAGUACUGGCUGAGGAUUAAGCUAAGGCACAAUGCUACAGGAAUGUACGCCAGGAAAUAUGAGCGCUACCCAACCUUCUACAAGGCAGCAGAGUUGCGCCACGGCCAGUGGAGUGUUCCAGAGUUUGACUGUGAUGGUUUUGUGAAGAAAUGGGUGAUCCACUACACUGCACCCUUCUUUGGAUGGGAUGCUUUGAGGGCCAAACUUGAGUUCAAAGGUGCUGUCAGGGUCACGAUGGACCUUCUCAAAUUGGACAUAGUGCAGUGCCCUAAUGAGUAUUAUGUACAAAAUCCCUUCAAAGAUACCCACCGUUGUGACAGGAAGACAUCUUAUUGUGUACCGAUUCAAGGACGAGGGUUUGACACAGGCGGCUACAAGUGUGAGUGCAUCCAGGGCUAUGAGUAUCCCUUUGAGGACCCCAUCACCUAUUUUGAUGGGCAGUUGAUGGAGGCAGAGUUCAUUAACAUCGUCCGUGACAAGAAGACACGGUAUGACUUCCUCAAGUGCAGAGUAGCAGGGGCAGCAGUACUCCAAAGUAGUUCCAUCAUCAUUCUGGGACUCCUCUUCUUUAACCUUGUCCUUCGUCGCUAACCAGCACUGUAAUUACAGCAGCAGCAGCAGCUCAGACUUGCCACAACAAACAGCAGGUAAAGGCUGUGAUGAUGGUGUUAACUACAUUAUCGUAUCUAUUUUUGUAAGCUGAAGAAAAUGUAAACAUUCCUUUUGUGAUUUUUGUAAGCUGAAGAAAAUGUAAACAUUCCUUUUUUGUGAUUGAUUUCAGUAUAAAUUAGUAUGAGUGACAUGGUUUAAUUGAAGUGAAUUCAGUUAGACAAAUUUUGAUAAGAAAGUGUGUGUGUGUUAGCAUGCAUGUGUGUGUGCUUGGUAUAUGUAGAGCUGUAGAAAAUGUUAGCUAAAAGUACAUUAGUGCAGGGAAGAAUUUAUAAGAUUUAUAAAAAUGGCAUAGGUAAAGGGAAUAUAUCAGUAUUAAUUAAAUAGUUUACUGAUAUGAAUGAGGCUUGGAAAACAACUAUCCUUAGAGGGAAAAUUUUCAAAUUAACUUUUACAAUUUAUAUUCAAGUUUUGGAUCUCUCAUGAAGGGUUCCUUUUAAGUUAGAUUUUGUUGACUCAUUCAGCAAUUUUUCUUACUUUCGGGGUGGUCGAUAAUGGGAAACCUGAGAAAGCUAAACUAAUGGUUAUUCAGUAAUAUUAAUGGGGUCACUGGUACUGCAAGGUUUAUGACCAGUAUUAUUGUGAUUCAUACAAUUGCAUUAUAAUUGCUCUUCUGGAAUUGUAACAAGAGUUGAAAGCAUAUACUUUGCUGCAGAAAGGUAAACUAUGGUAACCUGUAUGACACACUUGCCCAGCUUUCCUGGAUAGUGGGUUCUUGUCCACCACAGGCUUAAGGGCUGGACGAUGAGUACUGAGGCCAUGUGCAGCCGGCAUAUGUCCUCAACCUUAGAUUUAGGAUUCUCAUUACUUACAAUAUCAGAAGAACAAUUAUAAUGCAGUUGUUUGUAUCAAAUUAUUGCUGGUCAAAACUUUAGUAUACCAGACCCCGCCAUUAUUUUUUCCUAAUAACCAUGCCAUUUAGAUAAAUUUGCAUUACUGUACAAGACCGAGUCCGUCCACAAUCCAUUACUGUACAAGACCGAGUCCGUCCACAAUCCAUUACUGUACAUGACCGAGUCCGUCCACAAUCCUUGACGUGAGGAUAUUUACUUGGAAUCUCAGUGAAUUGUGAAAUUAUAUGGUGUUUACUCAUGAUGCCUGUGCCUAAACAAUGGCAAUUAUUUGGUAUCACAGUACUUGAACUAGCUCAACAAGAUUCUCCCGAUGAUGUUUAACAAACACUUUGUUGUAUGGUAAGUGGGUGUUGGGGAUUACUGACCAUUAUACAUGUAGCAGAUACAUGAAAGGGUUUGGUUUGUUAUGUUAACUGAUGUAUAUAUAGUAUUACAUGCAUAGCAUCACAAUUUACUUUGGCAUUCACAGCAAUAUAUGCUCUGUUCUUAAUUUACUGAGAUGAGAUCUGCAACUAUCAAGAAACUUCAUAUACUUAUGAGUGGGCAAAACAUGUUGAAGUGUUUUCACUUACUGUCUGAAAUCUCAUUCUCAUUAUCAAGCAAAAUGCUAUAAAUGAACUGUGGCCUUAUAGGAAGUGACAGUAAGCAUACUGGCAUUUAUGUAUAAUAGUGAAAUUUGUUUUAACACUAAAAGAUUAUCAUUAUUAUACAAUUGUCAAGACUGCUGAUCAAAAGAUUAUUAUUAUUAUUAUACAGUGUCAAGGCUACUGAUCACUAUAUCUCAGACCUGUCCCCUUGUGGGAACUUCCCCCUCCCCCUAUUGGGUGGCCCCUGCAAAGAAGUCUCCGACUUCUGCACAUUCAAUCCCUUACUGGUGGUUCCCCUUCUGUCCUAUAUCCUCAAAUGCUCACAAAGUCAUUCUCAUCACAUCCAGUUCCACUUUUCACCCAUUCAUCUAAACCACAAUUCACUCCCUUCAGUGUUACACCCUUACUAAAACUCUCUUAACCUUUUACUUUCUUCAUCCCAUCCUGACACACACUUGCAUCCAUACACUUCCUCCUCUCAUAACUCUCUCUAGUGUACCUAUUAAUUGUCUCCCCUAUGAAGCUGAGCAUAAAUUACUGAAGGGAUUUUUUUUUUGCUUUUCCUACACCAAAUAACUUAUGUGGCUUUUCAAAUGACCCAGCAUUUACAAGAAAUUGAACAGCCUAAAGAAAUGAAACUCCGAAUAUCACAAAGAUAGAGGACAGUUAUGAACUGUUCUGUAAAUUGUGACUGCUAUGCAAGAUUAAUUAAUCUUAGUUCUUACAAAUUCUAUGUAGUGGAAUUAGUUUUCUGUUACUUAUAAUGUUGUUACUUGGCAUUUCACAAAAUUAUGGAUGUUGUAGGAGAGUGGCAUUGUCUAGAUGAAACUUUUUAAGAAUUUUAUUUGUGGUUAGAAAUGAAAUUCAAAAUAGAGAUAAAAAUGAUCAACCAUGCUGCCAUUCUGCUAAAACUCUGUGAUUACUGUGCCUUGUGUCUGUGAAAAGAAAUCUGUAUUGAGCAGAAUCUUGAAAUGAACACACCAUAGACUGUGAAACUUGGCAAUGAUGCUCAUGAUGCAUUAGAAUCCAUCCUCACAUACACUUGAUAAUUGUACAUGUGUAAAUAUAAGUUUGUUCAUGGAAAAUCUUUUUUUAUAUAUAUUUUAAGUAAACAAAUACAACAGA